CUCGCCGAACUUCCGUUCUUCGGAGCCCCGCUCCUCCUCCAGUAGGGAGCGGGAUAGAGAACGAGAUCGGGGAUUUAGAUCGUGCGGUAGGGAUAAGAGACGAAGGUCGAGGAGUUAUUCGGACGAGGAUGCUGAAGACAGGGAAAGAUAUCGCCCGAACAGGAAUGGGACGAGGGAUAGGGAUAGGGAUCGGGGUAGAUCGCGGAGAGGGAGUAGGAGCCGGUCGCCUUCAAGGGUUUCGUCCGGUAGGGUUUCGACAACGGAUCGCAGGAGGGAGGAACGUAGGCCGCGAAAUGGGACCUCUGUGGAGAAGGGUGGUGAUACAUUGGACUAUGCUCGUCUCAUCGAGGGGUAUUCCCAAAUGCUGCAAAGGAUUCAGCCAUGGGAAUGAGCAGCGGAUGGGAGAGAUUUGAUUUCAACAAGGAUGCACCACUUGAUGAUGACAGUGAUGAAAUUGAGGUGGCAGAAGAUGAUGCUUCUCUGGUCAAAGAGAUUGGCAACAGUUUCAGGUUUUCUGCCGUGCAGGCAAAACGUGAGGAACAGAUCAAAGCGGCGCACGACGAAGCGAUGUUUGGAGCUUCGACAAUAUCGCCAGUCAUCACAGAAUCCGAAACCAGUAAAGAUGCAGAGAAGAGUGGCAACGAAAAUCAACCGAAAAAUCUUCUGAUAAGCGAUAAGGUGCUGGCGAUGCAGCAGGGCUCUUGGCGAGAUAGAGCUGGGCGAUUUAAGAGUGGAUUUUGAUUGAUAACAAAGAGAAAACUUUCUUCAUAAAUGGCUGCAGUCCUCUGGUAAGUGCAGAAUAUUUAUAAGAAGGUAUUUAUAUGAUUUUAAGAAUGCCAUUAAACGAUGCAAAUCAAACAUAUUAUGAAGAGAUCUAUUAGAAGAUAUUUCGUUUCUGUAUAAAGAAAUUGAUGAAAAUAUUCGUUGUUGAUUCGUAGGACUGUGAAUGCGCCGAGCUUGAGCUGGCUCAGUUUUGACUCUAGUUCAGCUUGUUUGUAAUUAGUUAUGUUCAACUUUAAGUCGUGUUUGAAAUUGUUCAUAAACAUUGUGUUCAUAUUUGGCUCAAUUUAUAUAUUUUCGUUCUUGUUCA